UCUCUCUCUCUCUCUUCUUUUUUUUAUUUAUCAAAUUCCCACUUGCGACCCAGUUGUCUUAUUUAUUUUUUCUUGGACUGCGACCCAAGUUUAUUCACUGUUCUUGAUCCAAAUCCCAAUGUAAGAGGUUCAUCAAGAUAUAGGAAGGUAGUGUGAAAUUGACCAUGUUGAAGCAAUCACCCAGUAGGAACCAGAGGUCAAAAGGGUUCAAGGUAAAGCAUGCUCUUCAGAUAUGCCUAUUGCUUGCCAUUUGCAUAUGGUUGCUUUACCAGGUGAAGCAAUUCUAUGGUAAAAAGGUGGCAUUGGAGGAGAGUUCCAGAAAAUUAUCCAAAAAAGUACGAGGUGGUGGGCUGCAUGAAAUAUUGAAAUUGGGGAGAAAGGGCCUCGAUCCUCGACUAGAAGAAAUAGCUGCAGAGUUUGAGAAACAUAAGGACGACGAAGAAUUCGAACACGAUGAUGAAGAGCACAAACUUGGAGAAAAUGGGGACGAAGGAAGAGGGGGCGGCGAUGAUGAGAUAGAUGGGCAUGAAGAGGCGGGAGAGGAAGAACCUGAGCAACUGGAGGAUUUGAUUGAUGAAGUUGAUAAGGUGAGGGAAGUUGGAUAAUCGGGGCACUGGGCUUCAAAGGGCCUUCAAGAAAGCAAAAGAGGAACACUAAAAGGAGGAACACAGUGCUAGUUUUGUGAUCAGAAAAACAAAGUUGUAACCACUGAAAGUAGAUAUGGAGAAUUGAGAGCAGUGAGGAAAGAACAGGCAAAAAGCACAUAGACGUACCUUUUUCCAAGGUUUUUUUCCUCCUGCCUACUUCUCUUGCAUCGAUCUUCAAGCACAAAUAUUUAGAAGAUCUGCAACAUGAUGUUGUUAGUUAACCUAUUUCUUAAGCAAUUCCAGAUCAAGAAUUUGAUGUGGAAAAGCCGAUAAAGUAGAAUAAUAGAAUCUCAACUUUCUUCAAUGCUUCCCAAUAUGCUUAAAUCAAUUUACU